AUAGCUCUAUAACACUAGUUGGAUUCAGUUUACCGCAUUAUCUGUGGACUGCUUCUCCAAACAUACAACCAUGAAGUUGAGAUCGAUUCUGUUCGGCGCCGGGCUGACCGCGUUGGUGAACGCACAGUUCCCAGUGUUUACAACUGACGCUCAGGCUGAGAUACCUACAACCACCGCCGUUGUCUUCAACCCGUUUGAUACCGUUGCCACAGACGCUGUCACUGAUGGUGUCAACCCCUUCGUUUCAAAUGCGGUAGUUACGAGUUUAGCGACAGGUUUGGAUGGAGUGGUCAUCACCAUUGUAGUGGACCCACUGAACCCGGACGCCACCUUACUGUCUUCAGAUUUGCUGCCGUCAGAAUUACCAGGUUUCGAAAUUACAAGAGGAUGCCCGGCGGGAGAGUUUUACGACGAGAUUAACGACAGAUGCGGUAGCUGUGCUAGGCAACACCCCGGAUGUGAUCUGUGUACAGCUGAUCUGUGUUUCCAGUGCAAUCUGCUCAACUACUUAGACUUGACUUCGAAUCUAUGUAUACCGUGUACCGUCUACGGCCCAACGUGUUCCUUCUGCUCAUCCACUCAGUGCAACACGUGUGGCAGCUUCAAUUACUUCAACGCCACCGAAGGCCUGUGUGCAACUUGUGAGAAACCGGACAAUUGUCCGAUUGAAAACGCUAUAUGCCGCAACUCGACCUAUUCGGCUUGUAAGGCCGGUGGGUGUGAUCGCGGCUUCUGGAACGAUCCCCUCAAACUGUCGAGUGACUGUCAACCCUGCUCGGACCUCAAUCUGGGCGAGGACUGUUCCGAGUGUUGGAUUAACCCAGCCAACUCUCGCGGUGAAUGUCUCGACUGUGGCAUCGGAAACUUCUUUGACAUCUCCACAAACUCGUCGCAGCAGUGUGUGUGCCAGUGCGCUACGUGUCCAGAGGCACCCGGAUGCAACAACGGGUCGCAGAUAUGUGGAUACACGGAGUCACAAUUAGGGACCACAAUAUUCCAGCGGUUGGAAUCGACCUGUCUGGCCGGACAGUGUCAGAAGUUCUUCCUAAAUGAACUGAACACCUUCAACAGCACCUGUAACCUCACGCAAGUGCUGCUGGAAACCGAUCUGCUACCCAACCAGUUUACGCUGGAUGAACUGAUUUUGUUCGAAGACAAUCUCCAGCGAUAUUUCUUCCCGCCAGGCACAGCCGCCAAUACGCGCGCAACGUAUCCGUACGACUGCUAUCCGGUCAAGAUUGCACCAGAUCCGAUGCGUGACAACCACCUGGACAUAGCUAUCACGUGUGGCAACGUAGCCAAUCUACAAGCCAUUGUCAACAACCUCACGGCCAGCAUUGUCAGCGAUCCCUUUGCGAUGCCUAUGUGUAUGAUAGAGUGCUUCUAUUCGGUACAAUUACCGUCACAGUAUAGGCCGUAUGGUUUCUAUGAGCGACGGCUGUGCUUCAAUUGUGAUCCGAUCGCCAACUGCGAAUACCCUGGCUAUUGCGAUGGAGACCGUCGGCGGUCCAGUUGUGAUCAAUGCGAAGGUUCGUAUUACAAACAGAUUGAGUGGCCGCCAUAUGCCGAUCGAUGUUUAGAAUGCACUCGAGCCGAAGGUUGUUCCUUGGAGAAUACCAGAUGUGUGAACGACACAGUCAGCUUCUGCUUAACGGGGUUUUGCAACGAUGGGUUUUAUCAGGACAAUUCUGUGGCCCAGCUGACCAUUGGACAGGCCGGAGUGGGACGGGGAAUCGAACAAGUUGGAAUUUGCAUCGACUGUCCCGAUCAACCCGGGUGCAGGCCUGGCAACACCAAGUGCAAUGACCUGACAGCCGGAGCCACACAGACACUCCUCUGCGCCACGGGCGAGUGCGAGAAAGACCUCGGCUACUACAACAACGAAACAAGCUGCGCUGGCGACUAUUCGGCGUGUAAGUUGGCGGAUAUGACGUAUGAGCUGUGCUUCCCCGAAGAAGAUUACGAUGACGAAUUUGAGUACUACUUCUUGCAAGAAUUGGCGGAUUUCGGCGCCCUAGUCGGCGUUCCGGGGGUCCAACCGUAUGAGUAUCCUUGGCCCUUCUAUGUACUUGGCAUCAGAACCAACGAGACCUCCGGCAAUGUCUUGGUGGAUGUGAACUUCACAACCGACGCAGCAGCCUCGUCAAUGAUUACCAAUACAUUGGCGGCGGCUUUGGGCGAUGCAAACGUAAACGGAAACAUCCGCGCACAGACGGAUCAGUUGGCCGAGCUAGGAGUGCAGUGUGUAGUGCGUCUGUUAAACGCCAACUCCACACUUCUAACCGGACAGUCCAACUACCAGGGGCGCGAAAUCCAGUCCCGUCCUAUUUGUCUGCAAUGCCACACCAUCGAUAACUGUAUCGUCGAGCCCGAGUGCCCCAACUGUCCCAUCCGCUCGAGGUGCCCUACGUGUCAACAAGGAUACUACAAUAAUCGCUCUACAUCUGUGUUUACGCCUGACACGUGUGAGAAGUGUAUAGAUGCGCGUAACUGUACUGAUGGCUACACCACCUGCGUCAGUAGUAACUCACCCGAGUGCUUGGCUGGUCGUUGUGAAUCUGGUUACUGGAACAACCCUGGCCCGCCUCCACUUGACUGUGGAUUCCAGGACGCUUACAAAUGCUGGAGUGAGAAAGCCAUUAUCGAAUUAGCUCAGAAUUCAUCUCAAGUGUCAUCGGACUAUUCGCUGUGGUGGAUCGCUGAGUAUGGCAUUGACUUUGUGCGGCCGUUCUACUACUGUCCGUUCCAGGGUAACUGUGAGGUAGCGCUCUGGAAUGUGGAAGAGGAGAAGCAUGCAGGCUAUAUAACUGUGCCCAGUGAACAGGUGGCGUACUGGAACUACUGGCUGCCCGGAUGGUCUGAGAAUAUCACCGAUUUUCAGUACUGGAGACCUACAGACCGUGAUCAAAUCAAGUACUACCAGGACAACUACGAGACUCUGAUUAGAAUCUACGGUAACUCCUUCGGCCAGUGCAUGCACACUGAACCCACAUGGGCAUCGCCAUGUAAACGCUGGACGGAAUGUGACGCUUUCACUGAAUUCCCACUCAACGCGCCGACGAACAUUGAGGACCGCAUUUGCUUAAACUGUCGCCAGGCUAAUGAGACUAUGUGUGGCUCACCGGACCGGUCAGUAUAUGCGGGUUGCCUGGAUUACUACUGGGAUGGCACCCAGUGCACACAUUGCAGCAAUGCAGGCGCAGACUCCUGCGGGUGCGGCCUUGGGGCAAUUACUGACCCUGACGCAUGUGGUACACAAGGAUCUGAGAGUUCUGUCAGUUGUUUCAAUUGGUACUUCAACACGGACCUCGGUACCAAGCCUUAUCUGGACUAUGUAGACGAUGGCAACUCAACCGUUAACAACACUGAGAUUAUUCAAGACGGCUUCUGUUGUCGUUGCGAGCCAGUGGACUAUUGCCAACCGGGCAUGAGUGUGUGUGUCAGUGCUACGAGUAAAGGAUGUCUGUCUGGAUUCUGCACUGAGUCCAAUGUCGAGACCAGCAGCUCAGAAUGGCCUGGGGUGCAGUGUUCAAAUCAAAACUGCGAGGACGCAGGAGUUGUCUGUGCCAACGAUCAAGAAUAUACCCCAUACCAGGUCAUCUAUACCUUCGCGGAUUCAGAGUCGGGUGCAUGUUGCAUUGAUCAGCCCGUGCUCACCCCAGCACCAACUCCUCUCUCGUAUGGAACAGCAGUUUAAACGUGCAAUACACCAUUGAGGUUAUAUCUAUAUACGUAUAUAUAUAUAUAUAUAUAUUACUAGCAGCGAGGCUCUUGUGGUGCGUCGUGGGAAACGGUACAGCAUACGUCGUACGUGGAAAGUGAAAGUGAAAUAUUCAGUGGUCGACACUGAUCAUCGGCCGAUGUCCCUGACGAAAGCUAUGGGUUUCACCAUUUUGUUAACACUGAAAUAAUGUCAGCACUCUUUAGCUUCGCUGCUCAAAGGCAGUGAGAAAGCUUGCGUCUGUUUGGAUGGCGCGCAGAAUAACAAUAUGAAGUAUAGAAGUAUAUGAAACUAUAUAUGGUCGGGAAAUGACAGGACACAAAUGAAGUGCCUAAGACCGUGGCCAAUACAAAUGGACAGGAUUGUCCGGAGAAAGCCAACGUUUUUGCAGAGCAAGUAAUGAUACGAGAAAUACUGAAGUGAAAACAACAAUUUUGAAUAAAUAUGAAUUUGUAACGA